AUGCUUCAACGUGCGUCUUCAAGAGCAUGCGCUAGCAAGAUGGAGAAAGCACCAAUUCGAGAGGUUGCAAGCGCCAUAGCCUCACUAAACUUAUCGGACGCGAAUACAACUGUCCUACACGUCUACCACUUCAACAGGGAAGAUUCGAAGAACUAUGUUGUCCACACCCUUCGCAAUUCAUUAACGCCAAUUGUUUUGCCCAAGAAGACAGCGAAGAAAGGCAAAAGUGAUACCGCCGAAGUUGAGAAGCUCCCAGAAACAGAGGAAAAUGACGGCAAACGUGGGGUUAUAGCACCCUCGAGAGAGCAGCAUUGGGCGAAGCGGUUCGCGGUGCAAGCUGCCCGUGUCAAGGUCUAUGAUAAAGCGAAACACGAUCCACGCGCCGACCCUGUGUCUCCUCCUCCAGACUGCGAGUCUUACUUCGUCCAUCUGCCUACUCUCUGGGGCCACUGCCCACCAUAUACUCUCCGCAACAGAGGUCACAAACGCGCACCGGUUGUCUGUCUUUUCGAUCCACGCCUCUUCUGGAGACAAUGGAAAUUGGAAUUCGGCGAUGUGUUGACACAAGAAGGGGUUAUCGACGGCCGAGGUCUUGUGAAUUGGCGACAUGGAACGAAGAAAGGCGAAAAUGGCACUUUGAAAGGCUACAAGGAUAGGAAACGCAGAUGGUGGUUGGAGAGCGGGAAGAAAUAUUUCUACGAGCAGUUGGAACAUGGUCAUAUGAUCCCCGAAGCUGCGGUCAAGGCGAAGCCAGAGGAGGUUGUUAAUGUGAAAUGGACGGCGCCUUUCGUUCGAGCGAGAGAAUACAACUUCGUCUGGCGAGGCUUUCAAUUUGCUUGGAAGGGCACAACGGUUGUGGAUGUACAGCCGAAGAAAUUUGGAUGGUUCAGAGAGACGAUGACCAGAUGGAAUCAUCUCAAGCUCAUCGUCACGGUUCUAGACCAAGGGGAACACUUGCAAAAUGGGCCAUCGGAAAUUGUGCUGGCGCGCUAUACGUCUGUUUUAUCCGCUCGUAAAGCUGGUCGUCUGGAGAUUUUCCACGACAUGCUAGAUUUAUUUCUUAGAGAGAACUUGACGGCUCUUACCUCAACUGGGGGAAAUAUAGUCCUUGAAAAGCAGGAUCCUGCCACAGUCGACCCUUUCCAAGAUCUAGGUUCUCCGACAGAGCCCCGUUCCGAGGAAGAAAAGACAGCGCAACGAUUGAAAGAUGUUGUUGUUGCAUCUGCUAUGUGCAUGAUCAUGGGCGAGUUCCAGAAAAGGGAAUGGGUCUGGGCUCUCUUUUGGUUGCUUGUUGAUGCUGCACAGAAUGGUGGCGGAUGA